AUGAAGUGGCUUUUCUUAGCAUACCAUUUGUCUUUGGCCUUGGCUGGUCGGGGAAAGCCCCUGGUUACACCGGAUAAACUAUCGUCGUUGAUUCGGUUGGAUGACCUACUGAAAGGGUCGCAAAAGCUCGAGGAUUUCGCCUAUGCGUAUCCCGAGCGGAACCGUGUCUUUGGUAGCGCAGCACAUAACGAUACUGUGGACUUUCUUUAUCGCGAGUUGAAGAAGACAGGUUAUUACGAUGUGUACAAGCAGAAGCAGGUGCACACAUGGACCAGCGCAGAGUCCUCUCUGACAUUCAACGACGAGUCUAUCAAAAUUGCUGCUAUGACAUACAGCCCCAGCGUUGAUGUUACUGCGGAGCUGGUAGUGGUAUCGAACGUCGGAUGCACUGCAUCGGACUACCCGACUGACGUUGCUGGUCGAAUCGCCCUAGUCAAGCGUGGCGAAUGUACUUUCGCAGACAAGUCGGUGCUGGCUGCUGCAGCCAAGGCGGCGGCGGUGAUUGUCUAUAACAACGCUGCAGGAAGUCUGGCUGGAACCCUGGGUGGAGUGUCUAGCACUUAUGCUGCUAUUGCGGGAAUCUCUCAGGCAGAUGGCGAGACACUACUCAGUGCGGCGGCAGCGAGUGCCGUGUCUGUGUCUCUUGAGAUAGACAGCAGAGUCGAAAACCGCACCACUUUCAAUGUCAUUGCAGAGACAAAAGGCGGCGAUCACAAAAACGUCGUCUCACUAGGAGGCCACACCGACUCAGUCGAAGCCGGUCCGGGCAUCAACGACGAUGGCUCCGGAAUCAUCAGCAACCUUGUGGUAGCAAAAGCAUUGACCAAAUUCUCCGUCAAGAACGCCGUCAGAUUCUGCUUCUGGACAGGCGAGGAGUUCGGCCUCUUAGGCAGCGAGUACUACACCUCGCACCUGUCCGCAGACGAACUAGCAAAGAUCAAGCUCUACCUCAACUUCGACAUGAUCGCCUCCCCCAACUACGCGCUCAUGAUCUACGACGGCGACGGAAAUGCCUUCAAUCAGACCGGACCCGCGGGCUCUGCCCAAAUCGAGGCUUUGUUCGAGAAUUAUUAUAAGUCGAAGAAACUGCCAUAUAUCCCCACUGCCUUUGAUGGGCGAUCUGAUUACGACGGUUUCAUUUCUCGUGGAAUUCCCUCCGGUGGCAUCUUUACUGGUGCCGAGGGCAUCAAGACUGCCGAGCAGGCGAAACUGUUUGGUGGCCAGGCUAACGUCUCCUACGAUGUGAACUACCAUGCUGCUGGUGAUAACAUCACCAAUCUCAACCACGAGGCGUUUUUGAUAAAUUCGAAGGCUACGGCUUUUGCGGUUGCGACGUACGCUAAUAGCCUUGCUUCGAUUCCUCGUCGUAAUCCCACCGCUACACGAGAGGUCAAGAAGAGAGCACCGCGGGAUCAUGCUCAUACUCAAAACUCUGGGUGUUUCCAUUCUCUGGUGGAGAUUUGA